AACAUUUCAAACCAGGGAGCGGGUUAUGACUAACUUAAUUGUUGUUAGUGCCAUAGUAAAUGUAUGAACAUAUUUGGAGUUAACGUAACUGAAAUACAACCAAAUACACAAAUAAGUCAAGAAAGCGUCGUAUACAUGCAGCGACCCGAUUAAUCAUGAGUAGUGACACUUUUGGACGUAACGUCCGUCCAUUGUUCAUGAGGACCUAUGGAAGAACUAAAGCAGUUCGAAAGGUAGACACCUGGCUUUCCCCCGACUACAGAAAAAAUGCCUUCUCUAGCACCGAUGUGUCCGACCCGUCCAUAGCCGAGGCGAACGACAGCUCUGUGAAGCUGAAGAAAAGGAAAAAUAAAGGAUCUGCCAAAACAACCAGGGCGGCUAAGAAGAAGGCGAUGUCAAAUUUGAAAGAGAGUGACAGUGAUGAAGAGAACGUAUUCCCUACCGAUGCUGUACCCAAAACUACAGUGACGAGGCUAAGAAACCCGCCCCGGGUGCCCAUGAGGAAAGGGGCGGAGAGAAAACGGCUCAGCAGCAUGAGUGAGAAUGAGCUGCCCAUGGCGGUCACAAGGAGGCAGAAGAAGGCAACACGUCUCCUCAGCACCAGUGAGAGUGAGGAAGACUCUCUGAUGAAGAAUCCCAUGGUCACCUCAGUGCUUCCAAGGCAACAGAGAUCAGAGUUAGAGAACUCUGCUUAUCCUGGCACGAGAGGCAAAUUUGUAACUUCUCGGAGAAGAGUUCGGUCAGUUAAGCUGAAGGGACCAAGUUCAAAGCCACCGCUCCAGGUGCUCCGUUCCAGUUUGACCCUGAACUCCUCUGAUGACUUUGUGGGUGCCGCCCCUGCGCUCCCUCGUGCAGUCACCCACAGGAAGCGCCUGCCCCGUGUGCCGCUCCGGGGCGGCCGUGCCCGGGCCCUGCUGAGGGAGGAGUCGGCGUCUCUGAACGCGAGCAGCGACGACCCGUCUCUGUCCAGCCACGCCCCGCUUUUCUCCAGUACGCCCUCCGUCCUGUCCAGGCGCCCGCCCUCCCGGCGGCAGGACCCCUCCGUCAGCGGCAUCCACUUCAACCCCGAGGACAGUGCCACCGAUGUCGAGCUCCCUCAGCCGCAGCAGCGGGGGCCACCGGUGCACGUCAGAGCCCUGCCGCACAGGCGCCUCAGAGAGACUAUGGCCUUGCAGCCACGCCCGGGGGUCAGCCUGGAGACCACAGGAGGCGCCGACGGCGGCGGCAGCAACAUCACUGAGCAGAAGCACACGGCCGCUCACUCCAGGACAGACAUACACCUGGCUCCAGCGGAGCGGCACAGUCAGGUGGUGGAGGAGGAGGAGGAGGAGGUGGUGGUGGUGAGCAGCCUGGCCGAACCAUCUAGCCCUCAGAAGCAGCCCAGUCAGCUGGAGAAGGAGGAGGAGGAGCCCUCCAGCAGAGCAGAAGGGAUAGGCCAGACUGAAGAGCUCACGCCAGAGGAGCACCAGCUCAGCCUGGAGCUCUUUUCACAGGUGGAUGGCGAGGACGGCGUGCAAGGUGGGGAGAGCGUCUCCCAGGAGGCCAGCGGCUUCGUGACCGCCGAGACGCGCCUCAGCUCCCUGGUGGAGAUGCUGAAGGAGCGGUGUCGGACGGUCAGCCCCAUGGUGAUGCUGCCGCGAGCAUACCUCUCCCCCACGCUGGACACCAGCAGCAUGAUCCACAGCAUGGGGGAGACAUUUUCCUCCUGCCUGGACCGCUCGCCCGCAGACGACCGCUGCGCCGGGGGCAGGGCUGGGGGCAGGCCGGGCCCUGUCAUUGUGCUGUCCUCCUCAGAACUGUCGAGCCUCUGCUCUGAAGUCCCACCGACUCCAGCUGCCAUCCCCUCCCCCGACAAGGCAGAGAUGAUGGUGGAGCACGGAGAAGAAAAAGAAGGAGCAGCAGCAGGACGAGAAGUGGGAGACGUGGGAGACGUGGAAGAAGAGGAAAGAUCCAGUGGGGAAGGACAUGAAGCUGCAGCGAUAGAGGUGCUGGUGCAGCGGCUGAAGGCCCGCUGCGUCUCCAGCCAGCCCGUCGUCCUGCUCGACUCAGUGCGCCUCUCUCCCUUCCUGCUCCGACACCACGGCAUCGCUUCCUUGGUUCCAGCCCCCGAGGGCUCCGGCUCUGACAGCUCCGGCGCUGUCCCGCCUAACGCCACGCCGUCCUCCAGCAGCUCAGACGUCGAGCCCCACAGCAAGGCCCACGCUCCGCCCAAGCGCUGUCCCAAGAGGAGGCUGUCGGUCACCUUCCCAAAGGUCAGCGCCGACGAGGCCUCUUCUCCGGAGCGGACCCUGCUGGCGGGCCAGUGCAAGCAGCUGGCGGGGCGCGCGGGAACGGGAAGGAAGGCCUGCGUCAGCGGCCUCAGCGCCAACCGCUGGUCCAAGAGGGACGUGGCCCAGUGGGAGCGGAACCAGGGAAGUCAGACCUCUGCCCGUUCCCGACACGCCCACGACUCACUGGACUUAGGCAGGGCAGCUGUGGCCAAACACGGCAAGGAGCCCAUGUCCAGCUGGCUGGCGCUGCCUAUCACGCCAGUGCGUGCGGAGCAGCUGAACAUCUCCUCCAUCCUGGCCGGCUUAUCCCCAGACGCCUCCCUCAGCACACACAUGUGGAGCCGGCUCAAAGCGGCCCUCUCUGUCCACAAGAAGAAAACCGCAUUCAUUACUCCCCGGCGUCUUGCCCUGACCGGCAUUCAGUCUCCAGCGCUGCAGCGGUUGAAUGCCAGUCAGGAUAUUUUUGCCUCACCGUCCUGCACUACUUUGUCUCGCGUAGUCCAGAGAUCACCCAGCUCCUCUCUGCUCUCGGUGGAGGACAUCAGCGACGCUGAGAAGGUGUACCAGGAGUGCCAGCAGGAAGGCCCGCUGACGUUCGACGAGUGCAUCCCGCCCCCCCGCAUGAAGCUGUGCCGCAAGAUCGGAGAAGGCACCUUCGGCGAGGUGUUCUCCACUACCAACCCAGACGGCCAGCCGGUGGCGCUCAAGAUUAUUCCUGUGGAAGGCAAACAGAAAGUCAAUGAAGAGGACCAGAAGACCUUUGGAGAAAUCCUUCAUGAAAUGAUCAUCUCCAAGGAGCUGAGUAGCUUGGAUCAGAAGGAAAACAACAGAACAAACGGAUUCAUCAGCCUGAACAACCUGCACUGUGUGCAGGGCACUUACCCUUUGCAGUUGCUGAAUGCCUGGGACAAGUUUGACAAGCAGCGGGGCUCAGAGAACGACCGGCCAGAUUUCUUCGGCGAGGAGCAGUUCUUCCUGGUGCUGGAGUUUGAGUUUGGCGGGAGCGAUCUGGAGAACAUGAACGGCAAGCUGUCCUCUCUGGCUCAGGCGAAGAGCAUCCUACAGCAAGUGACCGCUGCGUUGGCCGUGGCUGAGCGGGCCUUGUGUUUUGAGCACAGGGACCUGCACUGGGGGAAUAUCUUGGUGAAGACCACGAAGCAGAAGGAAUGUAGCUACCUUCUGAACGGCCAAACUCACUCCAUAGUGACCCGAGGGGUGCAGGUCAACAUCAUUGACUACUCUCUGUCUCGUAUGGAGAUAGAUGGUUUAACAGUGUCCUGUGACAUCUCUGCUGAUGAAGAGCUGUUCAUGGGCCAGGGCGACUACCAGUUCGACAUCUACCGCAAAAUGCGGGAGGAGAACAGUAAUGAAUGGAGUGAGUACCACCCCCACACUAAUGUGCUGUGGUUGCACUACCUGACUGACAAGCUGCUGGGGAUGAAGUAUAAGAGCAGCGCUCAGGGAGCCCAGGCGAGGGCGCUCAAGAGCAGCCUGUGUGCUUUCCACGGGGACCUGCUGGCCUUCCAGUCGGCCACGGACGUGCUUCAGCACAGCAGCCUGUUCCACUGAGGGCACACGGAGCUGCCGGGCGCCUGAACCAUUUCAGAAAGGACACAGUCUGUGUUCGACAUACUCAGUUUCUGCAUGCUGCACUGCUGUUGGCAGGAUGCAUUUUACUGGCAGUAUAUGAACAUCAGUGGGUUUGCCAGGUGUUACUGAAGAUGUACAGACGGACUGUAUACUGACACUUAAAAAAAAUAAAAAAAAUAAUCCAUA